CAACACCGAGCCAAACCAAUCCUUAAGAAACAAUAAUAUUAAUAAAACCCAAAAAACUAAAUCAACCAAGGCACCGAGACGCUGGUGGUGUAUCAACUGUUCUGUCCAGGAGUCAUCUCUCAGACGGAGGAAGUGGUGAGGUUAACAGAAGCUUCAACACUACCCUGAAUUAAAGUAGGUUGACGAUGAUGUGUCAAGCUGUGUGAGGGAACCGUGUGGAAAUGGGCACUUCAAGCUGCUAAUGGGACAUGGGACGCCAGUUGUCUGUGAUCACUUGUGUGGAUUUUCCCGGUGUGGAGCAACAGAAGCCGCAAGUAAGUCGCCAAGACCUACAGCAGGAAUUCUGCGGGAAAGGGCAUAAAACCUUGUUAUUUUAAUUUUCAUCUGAGAGAAUGUCUGAGCAAGGCGACCUGAACCAGGCGAUAGUGGAGGAAGGAAGGACUGAGCAGGAGGCUGCUCCAGAGAAUGGCAUAGUAAAAUCAGAAAGUCUGGAUGAAGAGGAGAAACUGGAACUGCAGAGACGACUGGCAGCUCAGAACCAAGAGAGAAGAAAAUCCAAGUCAGGAGCAGGAAAAGGUAAACUGACUCGGAGUCUUGCAGUCUGUGAGGAGUCAGCCAGACCAGGAGGUGAAAGUCUUCAGGAUCAGGAAUCAAUUCAUUUACAGCUUUCCAGUUUUCCCAGCCUGCAAGAGGAGGAUAAAUCUAGGAAAGAUGACUCUGAAAGAGAAAAAGAAAAGGAUAAAAACAAAGAUAAAACCUCUGAAAAACCCAAGAUCAGAAUGUUAUCAAAAGAUUGCAGCCAAGAAUAUACGGAUUCUACAGGCAUAGACUUACAGGAGUUUCUGAUUAACACUUUAAAGAAUAAUUCCAGGGACAGGAUGAUACUCUUGAAAGUGGAGCAGGAAAUGAUUGAUUUCAUUGGUGACAACAAUAAUCAUUACAAAAAGUUCCCUCAGAUGUCAUCGUAUCAGAGGAUGCUUGUUCAUCGGGUGGCAGCUUACUUUGGAUUGGAUCACAAUGUGGAUCAAACAGGAAAAUCUGUUAUCAUUAACAAGACCAGCAACACCAGAAUACCAGAGCAAAGGUUUUGUGAACAUUUAAAAGAUGAAAAAGGUGAAGAAUCCCAGAAGCGGUUUAUCUUGAAGCGAGAUAACUCUAGUAUUGAUAAAGAAGACAAUCAGCAAAACAGAAUGCAUCCAUUUAGAGAUGACAGACGAAGUAAAUCAAUUGAAGAGAGAGAAGAGGAAUAUCAGAGAGUGAGGGAGAGAAUAUUUGCACACGAUUCAGUUUGCUCCCAGGAAAGCCUUUUUGUGGAAAACAGUAGGCUCUUGGAAGACAGUAACAUAUGCAAUGAGACCUAUAAGAAAAGACAGCUCUUUCGGGGCAACAGAGACGGCUCAGGGAGGACUUCUGGGAGUCGACAGAGCAGCUCAGAGAACGAGCUCAAGUGGUCUGACCACCACAGGGCCUGGAGUAGCACAGACUCUGACAGCUCCAACCGCAAUCUGCGGCCCACCAUCACCAAGACGGCCAGUUUUGGGGGCAUCACGGUGCUGACCAGGGGUGACAGUACAUCCAGUACCAGGAGUGCCGGGAAGCUGUCCAAAACAGGUAGUUCUGAGUCUUCCAGCAGUGCAGGCUCCUCAGGAUCACUGUCCCGUACCCACCCCCCUCUCCAGAGCACACCCCUGCCCUCCAGCAUGGCAGCUGGCUCUCCUGGCUGUGUGCCCUAUGCAGAGAAUGGAAUGGGGGGCCAGGUCCCUCCCAGCAGCACCAGCUACAUCCUCCUUCCACUUGAAGCUGCAACAGGCAUCCCACCUGGAAGCAUCCUUCUUAAUCCACACACAGGUCAACCCUUUGUGAAUCCCGAUGGAACUCCUGCAAUAUACAACCCGCCAGGCAGCCAGCAGCCCCUGCGCAGUGCGGUGGUGGGGCAGCCCCCACAACAGCCGUCUCCUCAGCCUCAGCCGCAGGUGCAGCCACAGCCACAGAUGGCAGGCUCACUGGUCACUCAGUCUGUCCAGGGCCUGCAGGCAUCCUCCCAGUCCGUGCAAUAUCCUGCGGUAUCUUUUCCUCCCCAGCAUCUCCUGCCCAUGUCUCCAACGCAGCACUUCCCUAUGAGAGAUGAUGUGGCAGUCCAGUUCAGCCAGCUGAGCCUGAGCCGACAAUCCUCAGGAGAAACUCCUGAGCCCCCUUCGGGUCCUGUCUACCCAUCCUCCCUCAUGCCACAGCCAGCUCAGCAGCCAAGCUAUGUCAUCGCCUCCACAGGCCAGCAGCUUUCUACAGGGGGCUUCUCAGGCUCAGGCCCUCCCAUCUCCCAGCAAGUUCUUCAGGCUGCUCCCUCUCCACAGGGCUUCGUGCAACAGCCUCCACCUGCACAG